AUGCCUGAGAUCACCACCCUCCUGUUCGAUUGCGACAACACCCUCGUCCUCUCCGAGGAGCUCGCCUUCGAGGCCUGCGCUGGUCUCAUCAACGAGAUCUGCGAGGGUCGUCAAGUCGAGAUGCGCUUCACCGGCGAGACCCUCAUCAAGGAGUUCGUUGGCCAAAACUUCCGUGGCAUGCUCACCACUCUGAAGAAGGACUACAACAUCGACAUCUCUCCCGAGGACCUCGAGACAUAUGUUCGAAAGGAGGAGGACGCCGUCAUUGCUAAGCUCAAGGAGUCUCUUCAGCCUUGCGUUGGUGUUGAUGAGCAGCUCGAGAAGCUCGCCGCUUCUAACAAGUACACCAUGUCCGUUGUUUCCUCCUCAGCCCUUCGCCGUGUCCGCGCUUCCAUCGAGAAGGUCGGCCAGGACAAGUACUUCCCUGGCGAUGUUGUCUUCUCCGCUGCCACAAGUCUGGAGACGCCCACCAGCAAGCCUGACCCUGCCAUCUACCUCCACGCUCUGCAGAAGCUGGGCAAGAAGGCCGAGGAGGCUGUUGCCAUUGAGGACAGCAAGAGCGGCACCCUUAGUGGUACUCGUGCUGGCAUCAAGGUUAUUGGCUACGUCGGUCCUUAUGCCGAGGACAAGCAGUCCGAAAUGGAGAAGACUCUGAGGGAAGCUGGUGCUGUGGUCAUCAUGCGUGACUGGUCCGAGUUCCCUGCUGCUCUACAGAAGAUUGAGGCUGGAGAGGUUUAA